CGUAACAGUCCGCGGUAGCCGCUGCCGGUGUCUGCACGCGUGGGAGGUUACCUUUGCGCUGAAAAGUGGAUAGAUAGAAAAGGAUGAUUUGUUUUACACGCAAGUUGUAAAUGAUUGCGUGCGUAAAUCGCUUGCUAAUCGUCGUUGUCCGCGCUGCAAGGUCGAGUCGAAUUAUGGUCACGUGCGUGUCGGGUUCGAUCAACAAUGGCCGGGUUGUGCGGCGAUCGUGACGCUGAAGGAUACGCGCGCUGGAAGCUGGAGCCACUUUUUUUCUCACCGAGUUUCCCGUUUAUUGCGGCUCCGAGCCUCGACUCGGCAACGUGUGCGGAGUGUCGUGAUCAGUGAAAAAUUCAGUUUAUUUAUUAUCGGACGAGAUAUCGAGAGUGCUUUGUCAUGGUAGGACUGUCUUUGGCGAAACGACGACCGCAGCGCAGGUAGGGCUUGCUGAGAAUUAGAUGAUUCCUCCAAUGGUGGCAGUAACCCGAGUAGAAAACCUCAUACGCGAUACGAGGUGUGGCAGUCGCUGUUAUAAAUAGAGCAUGUAAUGAUCGAUGCCGUCAGUGGUUUUUCAUUGUUACAUCCUCUCGAGUUACGGAAUGUCGUAGAGAUCGCUCGAGCCGCCAAGUGCACCGCUGAGCUGUGAUAACUGUAGCUUCGAUAAAUUGGUAGAGCUCAAGGAACUCCGAAAUGGCCAUAACCAUCAGUUCCGAAUUGUCCUGGGCGUUUAUAAUCACCUGCGUCACAACAACUAUUCUAGUUCAAGCUCGUGACCCAAAGUCAGAAGUUGAAGCUGUGCCAGGUAUUAUUUAUCCAAGUGUUCCAAACCAAAUAUGCAUGCUUCGCAAGGGCUACGAGUGUCGCUGGACCAUCGAGAAGUCGUGCAGCUGCAAUUUGACGCAGAAGAGGCCGUUGUGGCGAACUUUGGAGAUUUCGUUCAUUCGCAAAAGGCUGAAAAAAGGUCGGAAGGUUCCUGUGAUGGAAACGCACGAAUGCCAGACCACAGGAGAUCGCUGCAUUCAAAUGUCAUGAGACCUGUGAUUUCCGAGUGAGAAACAAGACUGUGGAGCACUAGUCAUGAUACGAUGCUUUUAACUCGACGCCAAAAAUGAAAUUGGACCAAAUAGUAUUUUUAGAGCGUAAAUGUACAUAGAUAAUUCAAUUGUUUAUACAUGUAAAUAUUUUCACGAUGACGAUUAUCAAACUUAGUUAAGUUAUCGAUACGUUUUUUAUGAAAAAAAAAAAAAAUAAAUAAUACUAAUAAAAAAC